UGGAAAAGGACGGUUCUCCAGCUCUGAGCCGGAGCGUGUGUGUAUGCGCGUCCGACUUGUUUCAGUGUGUCCAUGUUUGAAUUUCUUGUUUUGUUUGUUCACGAAUUUGCCGUCGUACUGGAUACAGAACAGAACUGGAAACACACAGAGCCUGGCGUUUUAUUUUUUCGUUUUUAAGGGUUUUUUUUUUUAAAUCGGGGCAGGGAUGAAAAGGUUCAGCCCUGGAAAUUGAGUCACGAAAGCUAACAACGGAGAAAUUCAGUUUUCUUUAAAAGGGAACUCGGCGGCCCCAGCUGUCGUCUGUAUGCUGGCUACACCUCUGGUAACUAGUAACUAGGGGCAGUUGCGCCGCUGGUUGAUUGGAGUUCGCGGAAAGGCGAUUAAAACUUGGCUUUUCUGAGCCAGGAGACGCGGGGAAAGCCUCCUCCUCGCUCACCAUGCUAUCCGGCGCCCAGAACCAGAACACGCCGGCGUUCCCGAACCAGCAGCCGCCGCAGGCUCUCCAGCAGCCGAACCCGGCGCAGUUCCUGCAGUUUCACGUCAAGCCCAGCCCGGUGAUCAAAAAGAACGCAAUUACUGACGAUUACAAGGUCACAAGUCAGGUCCUGGGGCUGGGCAUCAAUGGCAAGGUUUUGGAAAUCUUUCAGAAGAAAAACGGGGAGAAAUACGCGCUGAAGAUGCUGCAGGACUGCCCCAAGGCACGCCGGGAGGUGGAGCUGCACUGGAGGGCGUCCCCCUGCAGCCACAUCGUGCGGAUUGUGGACGUCUACGAGAACCUGUACCAGAGCAAGAAGUGUCUGCUCAUCGUCAUGGAGUGCAUGGAUGGCGGAGAGCUGUUUAGCCGAAUUCAGGACCGAGGGGACCAGGCCUUCACUGAGAGAGAGGCCUCCGAUAUCAUGAAGAGCAUAGGGGAGGCUAUCCAGUUCCUGCACGGCAUCAACAUUGCACACCGAGACGUCAAGCCAGAGAACCUGCUGUAUACCUCUAAGAGGCCCAAUGCUGUCCUGAAACUGACAGACUUUGGGUUUGCCAAAGAAACCACUACACACAACUCCCUGGCCACACCCUGCUACACACCCUACUACGUGGCCCCUGAGGUUCUUGGUCCCGAAAAGUACGAUAAGUCAUGUGACAUGUGGUCUCUGGGCGUCAUCAUGUACAUCCUGCUCUGUGGCUAUCCGCCUUUCUAUUCCAAUCACGGCCUGGCCAUCUCUCCGGGGAUGAAGAAACGGAUCCGCAUGGGGCAGUAUGAGUUCCCCAAUCCGGAGUGGUCGGAGGUCUCGGAAGAAGCAAAGCAACUAAUUAGACACCUCCUGAAGACCGAACCCACUCAGAGGAUGACAAUAACGGAGUUCAUGAACCACCCCUGGAUCAAUCAAUCGAUGGAGGUGCCACAGACCCCUCUCCACACCAGCCGGGUCCUGAAGGAGGAGAAGGAUGUGUGGGAGGAUGUCAAGGAGGAAAUGACCAGCGCCUUGGCGACCAUGAGAGUUGAUUACGAGCAAAUAAAAAUCAAAACAAUUCAGGACGCCUCUAACCCUCUGCUCAUGAAGAGGAGGAAGAAAAAUACCGGCUCGGACCCGCCAUCCCUCUGAGUGGCCCUCUGGAUGCAUUGUCGCUGCCAGAAAGCAAUAAUGAUCCCAAAAUCAUGGAAACACACCCGGAUUUUCAGAAGUGUAAAAAAAAAAUAGGAAAAGUAUUUUUUCCUUCUCGAUUUUUUUUUUAAAGCAAUUCCUUUGUUUUUAU